AUGCCGGGCCGCUGUGUGGGGCCCAGCAGGUCCGGGCGCGGAGCCCGGCGGCCUGGGGGGAGGAAAUGGACGGGGGCGUCCCGAGGCCCAGGGGGGAGGCGCCGGGCGAGGUCCUUGGGGUGGGGGACACGCUGUGUGAGUGCAGGGAAGCCGCCGGGCUGUCGGCAGCCGCGGCGGGGAAGACGAGCGGCGGAGACCGUCGAGGGCCCCGGGGCGAGCGAGGCUUCGGGGGCGCCGGGCACUGCAGGCUCCGUCGAGGCUGCGGAGGCCCCCGGGGCUGUGCUGGUGAACGGGGCCGCGGGGGAGCCCCAGCUGGUGGGGCCUGCGGGGUCGGUGUGGGUGACUGGCACCGGGGACGAGGAGCAGGCCGUGUGCAGGAGCCCGCGGGGCGGGGAGCGGAAAGGCCGCCCGGGGUCCGUGGGGCACGAGAGCAUCCUGGAGCUGUGGCUGAAGGUGCAGGCCAUGAGGGCGGCCUCAGGGGGUGGGGAAGGGAGCCGAGUCGAGCUCCACCCCGUCCCUGCAGGAGAAGGGCCGGUGGAAAGGGGUGUGCCCGGCCGAGCUUCGUGGGUAGAGACCAGCCGCCGAGGUCUCACGGGGCCGUGGGUGGAAGGGCAGGUUAGGGCCGCGCCCCAGGCCGCAGGAGCACCUGCAGCUGCUGGCCCAGGGGCGGGAUGUGAGCGGCCCCCGGGCUGGCGGGGCCUGGGCCAGGCGGUGAGCUUGCCUCCUGAGGGUGUGCCUGGGGGUCUGGCCACAAGUUCUGGGAUUGCCCCACUCCUGCUGGGGAGAGGGCCAGCUCCGGGGGUGCCUGGGACUGUGGAGGAGAUAGGCUACGAGGUUGCCCCAGGCCCGUGGGGAAGAGGACCGGUUAUGGGGGUGCCUGGGGCCGCGGGGUGGCCUGAGGCUGUGGAGGUACCCAGAGCUGUGGAGGGAGAGGUAGGCUGUGGGGGUGCCCCAGCUCUGGUGCAGGAGGCAGUCUAUGGGGACACCUUGUGGGGGAGGGGCCAGGCUGUGGAGGUACCCAGAGCUGCAGAGGAAACGCCCUCCGUGGGUGCCCCAGGCAUGUGGCAGAGGAGAGGAGCUCUGGAGGAGGUGGGCCCUGGGGGUGUCCCUGACCUGUGGGUCUCCAGGCAGCCUGUAGGGGUGCCUUGUGCUGUGGAAGAGGAAGCUAGAUGCGGCGGCGACCCAGGGUUCAGGGAGAUGGGACAGGCCGUGUGGGCAGAGACGGGCUCUGCAGGGGACCCAGGGCCAUGGGAAGUAGCCCAGACCGCGGAGGUGUCUGGCCCCGGAGAGCAGGAGGCAGGCCGCGGGGGUGCGCCAGGCCUGUGGGGUGUAGGACAGGCCAUGGGCGCACCUGGGGCUUUGGGGCAGGAGGCAGGCGGAGGGAGUGUGCUGGGUCUGUGGGGACCAGCCCAGCCUGUGGGUGUGUCCCAGGCUGGGGUGGUACCAGGGGCCAUAGGAGAGCAGACACGUUACGGUGGCAUCCCAGGCCUGUGGGGCAGGCAGCAGGCUCUGGGGGUGCCUCUGGCUGAGGCAGUGCCAGGGGUGCUUGGGGAGGAGACGUGCUGUGAGGAUGUCCCGAGUCUGUGGGAGAGGAGGCAGGCGGUGGGGGAGCAGGGGGCUCUGGUGCCGACAACGUUAGGGGUCCCUGGGUCCGUGGACCAGGAGGCUGGCUACAGGGAUGUUGCAUGUCUGUGCAGGAGGAGGCAGGCCGUGGUGGGGAUGCCCGAGGCAUCAGGCAUGCUCAAGCACAGGUGCGCCCCCGCGGGGGUCCCCGCAGCUGUGGGUGCGCCUGGCUCUGGGAGGGUGCCUGCCGCUGUGUGGGUGUCAGGCCCUGCAUGUCCGGAAGUCAGCUCUAGAGGGGUCUUGAACCCGUGGGAAGGCGAUCUCAUUACCGGAACGCCCCCGGCUGCUGGGGUCCCUGUGGCUUCUGAGGAGCCGGUGGCUGUGAGAGGGAAUGCGGGGUCUGCGGCUUUCCCGAGGCUCUGGGGAAGGAGGCCGGUGCCCGGCCUUCCGGCGACUGGCAAGGUUGCUGUCGCUCCCGAGGCACCUGGGCUUGUCGGGGAAGAGACUGGCUCUGGGGGUGUCCCCAGAUCCUGGGGAAGGAGGCAGAGUGCCGGGGUUCCUGUGGCCGUGGAGGUGCCCGCUGCUCCCAGGGUGCCUUGUCCUCUGGGGGUGGAGCCCGGCUCUGGGGGCUUCUCACACUUGCCAGGGAGGAGACAGACCGCGGGGGUGCCUGGGCCUGGAGAGGAGGAGACACUCUCUGGGGAUCCCUUGGGCUCAUCGGGAAGAAGACAGAGGGCGGAGAUGCCGGGGGCUGCCAGAGUCGCCAUGGCUGUGGGAGUGCCCACAGCUGCUGGCGCUCCUGGGCUGGUGGUGGGUGACAACAGCGCUGGGGAUGUCGCUGGUGCGCGGGGAAGGAGACUGGCGACGGACGGGCCCGCUGCUGCCCCGGCUUCGGGACCUGUGGGCAGGGAGGCGGGCUCUGAAGGCGGGCCAGGCCUGUGGCGGGGACCCACUACGGUCGUCCCCGAGGCUGUGAGGGUACCUCUGUCUCUGGGGGUGCUUGCAGGUGUAGGAGUUCCCGUGGCGGGGCACGUGCCUGCUGCGGUGUGGGUGUCUGGGUCUACAGGAGAAGAAACCACUGCUGCUGGCUCAGGCCUCACCGUGGUGACGAGACGGUCUGCAAGGGGGCCGGGGCCUUCUGGGGCGGAGACAGGAGGUGGGAGUAUCCUGGGGCCGGCCGGGAGGAGCCAGGCAGCGGGGGUGUCAUACACCCAUGGGCGCGGGACCAGGUCCUGGAGCUGCCCAGGGUCUGUGGGGGAAGGAACCGACUGGGAGAGUGUGCCAGGAGUGUCAGGGACAGGAGCGACUGGGGGCGGGAAUGAGGCUGUGGCAGUGUCCGCAGUUUCAAGGGAGGAAAUGGGCAUUGGCCGUUUCAGAGAUCACCCACAGCGGAGAGGGAGCAGCCAGACUGGAGGAGUGUCUGGAAUGAGAGUGAGGGGGGACAAUUUGGGAGAAAAUUGUGUGGGGGAGGACAGAUGGAGGGGGGCAUUCCUGUAGUAAGAGUAGGGCACAAGUUGAGGGGUCCUGGGACUCUGGGAGGGAACAGUGUGGGGGAGAUUUGUCCUGGCUUGUGGAUGGAGGCGCAGGAUGUAGAGGUGUCUCAGGAUGGGGGAGGGGGGAUAUUGUGUGGAGAAGUCCCACGGUAUGUGGGGUAACGCAUUGGGAGGUUUCCUGGAGCAAUUGGAAAGGGACAGAUUGCGAGGAGAAAGGUGUCCCAGGACUUUGUACAGGGGAACAGUGUGUGUGUGUGUGUGUGUGUGUGUGUGUGUGUGUGUGUGUGUCUCUGUGUGUGUGGCAUCACUCGGGGUAUCGGGGAACUGUGGACAUCGCCUAGUUUUUUCCUGUAGAGAAAGGAUCAUUAGGCCUCAUGCAGCCCGGGGGAAGGUGUUGACCACAUAAAAGUUGCAGUCACCCUGGCCCCCAGUUCUGCAGACUCCUUCAUUGUGCGGCUCCAGCCCCUGAACGGUGGUGAUACGAAGCCAGCUGGGAGUGCCUUGCCCAUGUACCUCCUCCCAUCUUCGUUUUUUAUCUUGUCUCUACAGCCUUAGAAAUAAGGAAUCUUGGACAGCUGCCUUUAUGUUCCUUCAGAUGUAUCUGUCUUUAACAAAUCCAGUCUACAGAUGUUGGGUUUAUUCAGAAGCUUACAGUAGGGAUUUUUUUUUUAAACCUGCAUUUCCCAGUUGAUUUACCAUGGGAUUCUUUGAGAGAACAAAUUCUCCAUUUAACACAAGUCAGUUCAUGGAAAAUCAGCUUAAUUCAACAAAUGAGUUAAAUUGUCUACUAUGCUCAAAGCACUGUAUUGUGGGAAAUAUCA